AUGCCACAAUUGGAUGAAAAUGAUGAACCAUUGCGAAUUCAUGUUGGCAACAUACCGUUUGCUUGGACAAUCGAAGAUUUGCGACAUCAGUUUCAAGUAUUUGGUCCCGUUCGAGAUCCAGAAAUUGUUGCUAACGAUCGUGGUUCAAAAGUAACUAUUGAAAAUCUUCAACUUCCUUCGCCGUUGUCUCAAGUUUAUUCAAAUAAUCGGACAUUGUCAUCAACACUCUAUGGAACGCCACCACCAAUAUAUUGCGCUCCAAUUGGUUCAGCUUCUCCAUCAGUAGCUUAUAAUACGUGUAUAUCACAACAACAACAAGCGCAGAAACAAUCAGCAAUGCUUCCGUUACAAUCAUUAUCGUCAUCACCAACAUCUUCAUUGUUUUCACCGAUUGAAUUACCUUUUUCAUUGCUCACACCUCAAAUAUCACGUACAAAACGAACAAACGUGGUAAAUAAUGUCUUUGGUAGCCCGAUUAGAUCACCAUCAAGCACAAGAGUAACAAAUCUCGUUCAAAGUUGUCCUCAAUGUUCACGGUUGUAUUAA